AUGCCGAAAUCUUUUCUAGUCAGACAUCGAGACUCGGAUGGUAAUUUAUGUUCGACAAAUACACCUGUCGAUUUGACUCAACAAAAACAUACAACGGAUUCGUCAACUGACCAGAAUAGAGACAUUGAUAAAGAUAUGCCCGAACUGGACCUCAGUGUAACUCCGGAGCGAAUGGAUAUUGUCAAAGAAGAAAAAACGACGGAAGAAAUAGAAAACAAUAGCGGAGUUUUAGAUGAAAACUGUAACCGACUUGAGAAACCGGCCGUGCACGUGCCACAAGAGCAGGUGAUCGCAGCGACACAGGUUUACGAUCUCAGCACAAAACCACCUGCUGAAGCGGUGGCCUUAGUUGACACUCCACAGCGCGCGCUGCAGGCGCGUGGCGGAGACCCUGCUAAGGGUAGCCAAAGGAGUCCUAGUAGUCCAGCGGAACCGCCAAAAAUCUUUGAAAAUUUUCCUUGGCAGACUCCCAUGUAUCCUGGAAUUACACCACACUUUUCUCCCUAUAUUCCUAUGGGUUUAAGACUUCCAUCACUUCCAGGAAUGGCUACCAAUUUCCCUCUUCUCGCUUCCAUGGCAGAUCCACUCCACAGAAAGGCCUUUCCAGAUCCCGUUAUGGCGUACAGUUCCCUAAGGUCUUUAUUUCCUCCGCAUCAGUUUUUCCCGCCAUCACCGUUUGGAUACCCAGCCCAUCCAGAAAAGCAAUAUAGUCACGAGGUAAAGAGUUCAGACACAAAUAUAUUAAGUAGCAGUAUGGAGUCAUCUGCAUUCGAUCCUGUAGUUUCCAAGUAUAACCUUUCUCCGGCAGUGUCUACGAUGGAACUUGACCUUUCCGGGGUCGGGAAGAGGAAACUCCGGGAGGGAGAACCUACCCGCUACCAGUGUGAUGGUUGUAACAAAAGUUAUUCUACAUUUAGCGGACUCUCCAAACACAAACAAUUCCAUUGUUCUAGCCAGGUAAAGAAAGAAUUUAGCUGCAAGUAUUGUGAAAAAACCUAUGUCUCUUUAGGAGCGCUCAAAAUGCACAUAAGGACACAUACUCUACCGUGCAAAUGUAAACUUUGCGGGAAAGCGUUUUCACGUCCAUGGCUCCUCCAGGGCCACAUACGCACACAUACAGGUGAAAAACCUUUCCGCUGUGACCAUUGUGGACGUGCAUUCGCAGACAGGUCCAAUCUUCGCGCUCAUUUACAGACCCAUUCCGAGGUCAAAAAGUACAGCUGCAAGCGCUGCAGCAAAACAUUCUCCCGAAUGUCACUGCUUCUGAAACACGAGGACAGUUGUUGUGUAAACUUAGUGCAAUGA